CUGGCUUUACUUGUUACCUAAUGGAACAGCAAAGAAGUUUGGAGUAUGACUACAGGCUUUGUAUUUCAAUCAAUUACCAUUGAUUACCCAAAAAACAGGGCGCAACAACUUUUCCUUGGGAGGCGGGGCCUCCCUCCCCGGAAGCGCCGUCCGCCCCGCCCUCCUGCUUUGGUUUCCUGGUUGCUAGGCUACCGGCGCCCUAGCCGAAAGCGGUGGCGGGUGAGCGAGGUUAGCUCCUCUGCCCCGUGCACAGCUGGGCAUCUGUACCUGCUCUGCCGUGGCCUCCCGCCUCGCCUAGGAUUUUCAACCACCUUAGGCGCCGCGCCCUCCACUGAGCCUGGGACAGGCAGGAAGGAGCGCAGAGGCGGUUGCACCCUUCCCUCUGCGCUUCUCGGAAAUCUCCCUUCCCCGCCACCACCACCCUUCGGGAAACUGCCCUUCACGCCUUACCCGGACCAGGAAGCCCUGAACCCCUGAAUUUCGGGCCUCUGACUUUUCUUUUCCAUCCACUCCGAGACAACUUUUCUCGUUGUUUUUUUCACAUCUUGCGGCACCUUUCUGCUUGCGGAGCGGAAAGCAUGAGGCCUGCAAGGGUAAGGGUGCCUCGGGAGGAGAAGGCUGGAAGACGUGUCGCCCUCCCUAGUUUCUUAGCUUCUCCUGUGUAAUCAGCUGACCUUUUGGAAACCGAGCAAGGGUGGUGGCUGGAUGCCUAUGUGAAUGACUGGUCUUCAGUAUGCCAUACAGAAGCAACAUGUUCCCAGCAUUGGAAGCAGAGCUAAAGCAGAAGGUCGGUACACACCCCUCUCCAGGAAACUCCACAGAAAUCCAGUACUAGAUCAGAAUGUAUCUGCUGGUGGCACCUUUUUCUAGCUGGAGAUCUUGAUCCCCAAGACAGAAUGAUUUGUACUCUUCCUGAUCCCUAUGAAGUCUUUAUGUACCAUCACCUCCAGUACUAUGGCUACUUUAAAGAUGAAAGAGGCAGUGUACCAAACGCGGCUACGCACCAGCAUGUUUGGAAGAAUAAGCCCCGAUUUGUCUUGAGUGACUCUUUUGGGGGAAGAGAUGAUUUGAUACCAGACCACCUGGAAAAGGAGAACCUUCUAUGGCCUACCUGUCUAUCCUCAGCUGUGCAUCAACAGACAGACGCUGUGAGCAAAGAUUCCUUUAUGCUGAGUUCAUCACUUCUCAGGAGCAGACUCCUUCUUCACGAUGAUUUUGGUGAAGUAAACCCAUGUCUUCGGGAACCCCAAGAUCUCUUUGCCUUUUACUCUUGCAGCGGGCAACUGCAGGUUCCCAGGUGGCCAAUAGAAUGCGAGGUCAUCAAAGAAAGCAUUCAUCAUAUUGAGGGAGUUCCACCUCAACCAGAAUAUUUUUAUCAACCUACAGGAAAUGAAAAGGUACCAGAAAUUGUAGGAGAGGAAAAAGGCACAAUUGUCUAUCAAUUAGAUUCAGUGCCCACCAAAGGCUCCUAUUUCACCAGCUCCAGAGUGGGAGGCAAGCGGGGAGUGAUCAAGGAGCUCGCUGUCACACUGCAAGGACCAGAAGAUAACACUCUCCUGUUUGAAUCAAGGUUUGAGAGUGGGAAUCUGCAAAAAGCUGUCAAAGUAGACACCUAUGAGUAUGAACUCACCUUACGAACUGACCUCUACACAAACAAACACACUCAGUGGUUUUAUUUUCGAGUUCAGAACACCAGAAAAGAUGCCACCUAUCGCUUCACCAUCGUCAACUUGCUAAAACCCAAGAGCCUUUAUACUAUAGGAAUGAAGCCGCUCAUGUACUCCCAAUUGGAUGCCAACACCUACAACAUUGGCUGGAGGAGAGAAGGAAAUGAAAUCAAGUACUACAAGAACAACACGGAUAAUGGGCAGCAGUCCUUUUACUGUCUCACGUGGACCAUUCAGUUUCCUCAUGACCAAGACACUUGCUUCUUUGCACACUUCUACCCAUAUACAUACACGGAUUUGCAAUGCUACCUCAUGUCGGUGUCAAAAAACCCUGUCCAGUCUCAGUUCUGCAAACUCCGCACUUUAUGCAGGAGCCUUGCAGGAAAUACCGUGUACCUGCUCACCAUCACCAACCCAUCCCGAACCACGCAAGAGGCUGCUGCAAAGAAAGCCGUGGUCUUGAGUGCCAGGGUCCACCCUGGGGAAAGUAAUGGCUCCUGGAUCAUGAAAGGCUUUUUGGACUUCAUUCUUAGCAACUCCCCAGAUGCCGAGCUCCUCAGAGAUAUCUUUGUCUUCAAAGUGAUUCCCAUGUUAAAUCCAGAUGGAGUGAUUGUGGGGAAUUACCGGUGUUCGUUGGCUGGCAGGGACUUGAACAGGCAUUAUAAGACCAUUCUGAAGGAGUCUUUCCCCUGCAUCUGGCACACCAGGAACAUGAUCAAGAGACUUCUCGAAGAAAGGGAAGUUCUCUUGUAUUGUGAUUUCCAUGGCCACAGCCGCAAGAAUAACAUCUUCCUAUAUGGCUGUAAUAGCCAUGAUCGCAAGUACUGGCUUCAUGAACGAGUCUUUCCUUUCAUGUUGAGCAAAAAUGUACCAGACAAGUUCUCUUUUCAUAGUUGUAAUUUUAAGGUCCAAAAGUGCAAAGAAGGAACAGGACGAGUUGUGAUGUGGCGGAUGGGAAUCCUGAACAGCUACACCAUGGAGUCUACCUUUGGCGGGUCCACCCUGGGCAAUAAAAGAGACACUCAUUUUACCACUGAGGAUCUGAAGUCCCUAGGCUACCACGUCUGUGACACCCUCCUGGAUUUCUGUGAUCCUGACCGAACCAAGUUCAUGCAGUGUCUAGUAGAGCUUAAAGGGCUCUUACAAAAGGAAAUUUAUAAGAAAUUCAAUGAACUUGGACAAGAUACGGAUUUAGAAAGAAGUUGGAAUGACAUCUCUUUCUCUGACAUCGAAUCCAGCACCAGUGGUUCUGACAGUUCCCUCUCAGACGGUCUCCCUGUUCAACUCCUGAACAUAGCACAUGAGUUGCAUCAUAAGAAGAAGAUAUACAAGAAGAAAAAAAAGAAGCCACUUCAGACGAGGAAACAGCGAAAUGAACAGUAUCGGAAAAAUAAUAUGAUACGGGAGUUGAAGUCAACAGAAGAUGCCCUGAAAAGACCAGGAUUUGCUUCCACGAUGCAAAAGCAGCCUUCCUUUUUAAAAUAUUCUGAGAAUGCCAGUUCUUCAACAGUAAAAAAUGAAAGACCAAGGAUGAAUGAGUCACAGUUAAAUGGAAGAGACAAAGGCAUCUCCCUGGACCUGUCAAAAGCAACUAGCUUGAUUCUGACUAAGAAUAAAGAAAGAAAGCAGACAGAAAAGCCAGGAUUUGCAUGCUCUUCAAAGAGAAGCACAAACACCGGCAAAGAGCCAGAUCGGGAUACGAAGCCACACUGGUCCAGGAACAGGUUUCUUGCCACAAAGAGAGGCCACACCACCGUGGCGGGGUGCCCGUCCUUGCACAUAUACACAUUCCCGUAGGGCCCUAGGCCACACUACACGGUGCCUCCGUGGCAUGUUUUGGGUGAGCCUCAUUUGUAAUGAGGGAGUUGUGUGGUGGGUAACUGCGCUUGUUGGUGGUGUACUGUGUUGUGCAUUCACAUGCACUGACCUUCCACUAUGUGCAUGCCUUCAAGAUGCACACCUCAUUCAUUAAAUUACUUUUCAUAAAAUGAAGCUUCAUUGUGAUGUAUGGAAAAGCUUCCUUUAUCAGAAGUUCAAGUGUGUUCUCCUGGAACAAUAGACAGAAAUACCUCACUUUAACCAGUAGAUAUCCUGUCUAAAAUUAUGUGCAAAUCAAUUUUAAGUGAUAAACUCUGUUUUAAACAUAUUCUGUGAGUGUGCCAUGUUAAAAAUGUGUCACAACUUGCUAGUGAUGUCAAACUGUGGUAUCUCAGACUUGCUCAGGAUGAGAUGUUCCCACAUAUAGAAAACAAUUCAUGUAUUACCCGAAAUUUAAUGUUGCAUAUAUUAUGUUCAACACAGUUAUGUAAGUUUUAA